AACAGCCUGACUGCGCCUUUUUUUUUUUUCUAAAUGCGCACAACAUAGCUGGCCGGCGGGUUGCUCAGCUCUGCCCUCAUGUAGUGACAGACAGAUAGUCGGUCGGGACAGGGGGAAGGCUAUCUCGGAAAUAAUCUGCCCACGCGUUAAGCUGCUUUAUCCCCGCCGAGCCUCAGCCGGGCAGAGACUGCUACAGCUCCGGUAGGGCAGAAAGAAAAAGUGACACAGGGCGCCGAGUUAAGUUUGAGAAAUAUUUGUGAAUUAUAGGAGUGUAUGCGCUCUUUUUGUCGCAUACAUGGAGACCUGACUGGACCCUGACGGACAGACCUGAAGCUGAACCCGCUCCUCCCGCCGCUGUGUGCGUAAAACCAGUGCACACUGGGAAUCUAACCACAGCGAGAAGCUGGCAACGCUGGUCCGGGCAUGGACAGCACUGGAUUUAGGAUAUUCCUGAUAACAACUUGUGUUAUUCCAGGAAUAAAUGGCCAGACUGUGGAAAUGGAUGAUGGGAAGUGGGGCUAUGUCGGCUCAAAGUUGGAUCUCCGCUGUCGGUUCAUCAACAGCUCCCCGCCUGUCAAAAUCUCCCAGGUAACAUGGCAGAAAUUGGUGAAUGGCACGAAGCAGAACGUGGCGAUCGCCAAUCCCUCCCUGGGCGUUUCUGUGGCCCCGCCCUACAGGGACCGCGUCACCUUCAAGAACGCAGCAGUGAGGCGGCGAACUCCGACCCUGGAAGACACCACCAUCACCUUCUCCUCGCUCCGCCUCUCUGACGAGUCAUCCUACAUCUGUGAAUACACCACGUUCCCUGCAGGGAACAGAGAAAACACUGUGAACCUCACUGUCUACGUUCGGCCAACAACUCAGAUGACUCUGUCCACGCCAACGCUGGUGGCUCGUUCAUCCAAUGUGAAAACACCGGUGGCCACCUGCAUCUCUGCCAAUGGAAAACCGCCCGGUACCAUCAGGUGGGAGACGAGGGUGCCGGGAGAAGUGACCACCCGAGAGUACAGGAACUCAGACGGGACGUUUACCGUUCAGAGUGACUACAUUUUGGUACCCAGCAGAGAAACACACAAGGAGACGCUCACCUGCGUCACCACCUACAACGAGGAGGUCUUCACCGACAGCGUCACCCUCGAUAUUCAGUACGAGCCAGAUGUUUCGGUUGAUGGGUAUGAUGGAAACUGGUACCUGAACCGAGAGAACGUGCAGCUGAGCUGCCAAGCUGAUGCCAACCCGGCCGUCUCUCUGUAUCAGUGGAGACUGAUUAAUGGCUCCAUACCGAGCAACGCUGAGAUCCGAGACAACGUCCUGACCCUUAAAGGGCCGGUCACGUAUGACCUGCAAGGCACCUAUGUGUGUGACGCAACCAACAGCAUUGGGACACGAUCAGGCUCUGUGGAGGUCAGCAUUAUAGAAAAGCCUCUACCGCAGAUUGCAACAGGUGAUGUCAUCAGCGUAAUUGCCUUAUUACUGGCUGCCGGAGUGCUCAUGGGCAUUACUAUCACAGUCCUGGUGCUCAAAAUAAGAAGCAGAAAAGGCAACUCCUCAAAUGACUCUCCAUCCAGAAAACUGUCCCAGCCGAUAAGGAAGAGACCAGCAGAUGAUAUCCAGCACUCAGGACGGUUUUACGAAGAGCUUCCAAACACGGCGGACUAUGUGAGCUACAGACUGGCCUGCAACAAGGAGGACUACCCAGAGCCCUACUCCCCACCCAUAAAGCCUCCUCUCUUUCUGCCCCAACAACCCUACCACUCCCCGCAACCAACCACUGCAAGCAGCAGCGGCACCAACACGCCAAAAAACACUUUCUCUCCUCCUUCACACACCACGGCCAUCUUUAAGUACCCCUCCGUACCAGGCUUGUCUUCUCCUCCCCCGGGAGUGGCAGCAUACACUUUUCCCAAAGAGCAAUACGUUUGAACCGACACUUUUAGUCACAAACUCGAACCUCUCAAGCGAGCUCAGAUAAAACUACCCGAUAUAAACUCUAACUCUUCCUAAGAGGAGGCUCGAAAAAUGUGGUUAACCCUGGACUACCAGGCAGUGUCUCUGCACUGUCUGCAUCAUUGUGGACGGCUCUGGAGGUCAAAGGACAAUGCAGCUUUUGUUGUUGGACUUCAGUUCAAUUUUGAAACAUUUUCUCUCUUUUGUCUGAUCUUUUAUUGUGUUAUCUAUUCUUUGAAAAAGGGAAGAUUGUUGAACCAUGUUUCAGGUGUUUAGGCUAGAGGAAGGUCAAGUUAAAGAUGAUUUGACUGUCAUUUUUAAAGAGUGUAUUGCAUGGAUUUAUUACAUUUGAUUGGAAAAUACUUGGAUAGAAUACGGAUAGGAUUAUCUCUACGAUGGUUGACCCCUUAUUUUAUCCUCCAUGGUAUCAUUUAAAAAAAAAAAAGAAAACAUAAAUAUAUUAUAAUUUCCUACUUUAUCUCUAAUGCCCACUCUCUUUAUUCUGCGUCGUACACAAUGAUAAUCCCUUUACUGAAGAACAGCAGACCCCACCUUUUGGUUUUACCUCCUGUUCGUAUGUAAUCUUUUACUGUGCUUGUAUUUUGUAUUGUUUAUGUUUUUCUGGCAAAGAAAAAUAUCUAAAAAACAUUUUUAUUUACUGAAGACAUUUUAUUGAUAUAUUAAAUCAAUGUUUUUAUUCAUGUUAUCUGUGGAUUUUAGUAUUCAUUGACACUGGUUGUUGGAUGAGUCUUACAUUUUUAGCAUUUAAAUAAAAAUGAUCAUGUAAA